CGGCAAAGUACCUCCAACGUCCCUCGUCGAUUCUGCACCUCAAACACCUGCCACACAAAUCUUGCAAGAUGGCGCAAAGCCGUCGGCUUCGGCUCAUCCGGGCACGGCCGAGGCCAGACUUCAUUGCCCCGUCUGAAGUGUCCACAAUCGGUGUUUGCGGUGUCUGCUGUUAGCAUCCGCUUCUUUUAUACACGCGCAUUCCUCGAGUCGUCCCUCGGUCUUGACAAUCACUAUAGCUUGGCUUUGCAGCGUUUGAAUUUAUCUUCCACAAUUAGUGAUACCCCGGUGGGCGUUCUUUUCACUGUUGCCAAUCUCACGUACACGACAAGAGGUCACAAUGGCGGUCCUGGGCGCGUUGACGAGUCCCGUUGCCACUAUAUGGAAUGGUGUGGCUUCCCAUGCCUGGGAACCGCUUGUUUCGCUUUGCAAGAGCGGGACCCUCGCGCAGUUGAAAGGCAUCAAAAUUGGAUCGCUGGCGGUGUACGAGGACGGCGUUGAUAAACCAGCAACGUUUUUUGGGCACAAAUCGCCAGAGCACCCGUUCGCAUCGCUUGCAGUCCACGAUGAGAAGUUCUGGGUUCGGUUAGCACUUUUCGCGGAUAUGGGUUUCGCGGAGAGCUACAUGCUGGGAGAAGUUACCUCGCCAGACCUCACACAGUUCUUUGAGCUUUUCAUAUUAAAUCGCAAUUACCUUUCCAACGGCUCGACUUUCACGUCAGCUGUAUCUACAGGCCUCGCCGGCCUCGUGCGAGGAAGCAACAACCUCAAAAAUGCCCGCUUGAACAUCUCUGCGCACUAUGACAUCUCGAACGAAAUGUUUGCCGCUUUUCUCUCACCAGAUAUGACCUAUUCGAGCCCAAUAUGGUUUCCGAAAUCGAACCCCGCACACGCUACCGAAACGCUCGAGAAUGCGCAAAUUCGGAAACUCGACCGCUUCAUAGACAACACACACAUAGAAUCGAGCGAUCACGUAUUGGAGAUUGGCACCGGGUGGGGCAGCUUUGCCAUGCGGGCCGUCCAACGGACUGGCUGCCGGGUCACAUCGCUAACUCUUUCAAUCGAGCAGAAAGAGCUGGCAGAGCAGAGGAUACGGGAAGCCGGCAUGUCAGACAGAAUCACAGUGCUGCUGUGCGACUACCGAAGUCUUGAGGUCCCUGAGACGGGCGCGUUCGACAAGGUGGUGUCGAUCGAGAUGCUGGAGGCAGUCGGCAAGGAGUACCUGGGGACGUACUUCCGGUGUAUAGACAAGCUGCUGAAGAAGGAGGGCGGCAUCGCAUGCUUCCAGUGCAUCACCAUGCCCGAGGCGCGGUACGACGCCUACGCGAAAUCAGACGACUUCAUCCGCCGCUACAUCUUCCCCGGCGGGCAUCUCCCCACUGUCACCCAGCUCGUCAACUCGAUCACGAACGGCUCCGCCGGCUCGCUCGUUGUCGACAGCGUGGAGAACAUCGGUCCGCACUACGCGAAGGCGCUGCGGCUCUGGCGCGAGGCGUUCCUGGGCAACUGGGAGGGGAGGAUCAAGCCGCAGCUGCUGCUCGAGAAGCAGGCCGAGGGCAUGGACGCAGAGGGCGCAGAGGUGUUCCGGAGAAAGUGGGAUUAUUACUUUCGGUACAGCGAGGCGGGGUUUGCUACGAAGACGCUGGGCGACGUCAUCAUCACCGUGGGGCGAGAGGGCGCGCUACAGAUGAUGGAGGAUGUGCCGCUAUGAGGAGAGCAUGUGUUUGGAUUACUGCUAUGAUGCGUUGCCUACGCGAGGUCCAGCUAGAUGUGCUGCAGGCUCAAGGCGUGGCGUGCGAGUGUAAAGUAGAAGACGCGAAUACAGCGCGAGUACGGGGCGAAUACCACGCCAUCACAGAGCGAGACUACACACAGGUGCUAGCAGGAAGCGUGCGAGGGAGGGGGGAGCCUAGGUUUCACUCGGCCGUAAUACGAACGUGUCGGAGAGCCCGAGG